UUUAAAUUUAAACGAAAAACUUUACAGCGCGCUAAAUGUUGUUUGAUAGUAGAAGACGUAUUCCUAAUUCGUCCCCUAAUUAGAUUUGCCGGAUUUAAGAUAUUUUUUAAAAUAAAUCAUUAUAAAAUUGCCAUGGAGUCCGUUUCUAUCGCUGGCCACAAAUUAGAAGCUUUCAAAGUUUGCGCCAACGAUGUCAUCCAUUUCAAAUUAGUGAGAAGAGAAGAGGACAUUGCAGACGACGAAGCCUGUCCUCCAUUUAAACCAGAAAUGACCCAUCAGAUAUUUGGAGAAUCAGAGACUAUCUUUGGUUACAAGGACCUAAGGAUCAAUAUGUAUUACACCGCCUGCAAGAUGUUAACAUACGUCGGAAUCGACUAUUCUGAGAAAAUUAACCCUAAAAAAUUUGAUGGAGUUCAGGCUGAUGACAUAGUUAACUUACUGGAUGAAAAAUUAGAACCAGGUUACUUCACGAGUUUGGACGCAUUCACGUCUGCCUUGCAAAAGGAUGAGGAGUUUGUUCCAUUUGGUGAACUAAUACAUCAGUAUAAUGUCAAUAAAUCCGGCGAUCCAGCAAGCAGCAGCACCACGUAUGAAAUUCGUUACAUCUCAGAAAUGGCGCCGAAAUUUGAGGCCUUCCACGCCAGGAUUCAGCCAUUUUUAUUGUUCUUCAUAGAUGCGGCUUCGUACAUCGAUGUCGACGAUCCUAAAUGGUCUUUCUAUGUUAUUUAUGAAAAGUACAAUUCCUUAAGAACGGGCGACCCUAUCCAUUCUUUCGUUGGCUACAUGACUGUUUAUAACUAUUAUGCAUACCCUGAUAAGAUUAGGCCAAGGAUAAGUCAGGUGUUAAUUUUGCCUCCAUUUCAAGGCAAGGGGCACUGCAGUACUCUCGUUCAGACGUUCUACAAGAGGUGCUGGUCUGACAAGAGUAUCCUAGAUGUCGCAGUCGAGGACCCAAGCGACGACUUCCAACGAAUUAGAGACUUCACAGACAGUCUCAACUGCUCGAAACUCACCUCUUACCAGCCUCACUAUCUCACCGCCGGAUUCAGUAAAGAGAUGGUGACUGAAGCGAGGGAGAAACUAAAACUUAGUAAGAGGCAAGCAAGAAGGGUGUAUGAAAUAUUAAGGCUAAAACAUACAAACUGUUUCAAUGAUGAGGAAUUCAAAGCCUUCAGAAUUGACAUCAAAAAAAGACUAAAUGCUCCUUUCCAAAAAAGCAAGCGCCAUUUUGAUCGGAUGUGUCGUCUGCUGAGGCCGAACGAGCUGGCCGCCACACUGAACAACAUCAACCCGGAAGUUCGGUUGGACCUCAUUGAGAAGCAGUUUCAGUCACUGGUCAACGAAUACCGACAUAUCGUAGAUAAACUGGGCCUUUUGGAUGAAUGAAUGAAUUGACGGGUGAAUGAAUGAAUAAACGAAUGAAUGAAUGAAUUGACAAGUUAAUGAGUGAAUGAAAUGAUGAAUUGGCGAGUAAAAUGAUAGAUUUAUUAAAAUAUGAACGAAUGAAGUGAUAUUUGGAUGAAUUUUAGAUAGAUGAAUUGAUGAACGAAUUGCUGAAUGGGUGAAUUGGCGGAUAGACUGAUGGUAGGGAUGAAUUGAUGAAUGAAUCGCAAUCGGUGGAUGGAUGGCCGAGUUAUUAUGCAUUCUGUAAUUUUGUACCUUGAAAAUUAUUUCAAUUAAAAAUCCAUAGGUUUUCUGGUGAUUUUUAUUUUAAUUAUUAUUUUAUUAUUAUUUACUAUAUUUGUUGUUGUUAAUAUUAUUAUGGUUGAUGCAUGCAACAUAUAAUUAUCAUGAUCGGUUUUUUAAUAAUAUUGAUUUUAGUAUAAUUAUUAUUAAUUAUUUGUAUUAUUAUUUAUUGGUAUUGUUAUGAAAUGAAAAUAGCUUGGACUAAAACUUAACGUGUGUGUGUGUGUGUGUGUGUGUGUGUGUGUGUGUGUGUGUGUGUGUGUGUUCACUUUGUUUUAUUUUUUUUUUGACUCAAAAACUUUGUUAUUUUGGACUAUAGUUCAUUACUCCAUAGGUACUCUCAUUUCUAAUUUACCAUCCUGCUAUCUUUAUCUCUUUAUUUUUCUUUCAUUGUUAUUAUUAUUAUUAAUUAUUAUUAUUAAUUAUUAUUAUUAAUUAUUAUUAUUAAUAUCAUUAAUCGGUGGUGUUAUUACGACGUCAUACAUAUCUACGCAAAGAACAAUAAUUUUUUUUUUGUAUGUGUGUGUUUGUGUAUAUAUAUAUAUAUAUAUUAAUUUGUGUGUGUGUGUGUGUGGUGUGUCGACUGUUUGAAAUUAGUUGUUUACUUAUUGUCUCAAUUCGACAAAAAAACGUUCGCUCGUCAACACUUUAAAAGUGUUAUAAAAAAAAGUCUGUAGGUUAUUGUUAUAAAAUACUUUUAGAA